ACCGGUAUAAAGCAGCAGGCACCAGUGCCGCUCCACCUCACACACGCAGCGCUGGCCUGAGUCUGCUCUGUCCCCUCCCGCCAGUCCACCACCACCAUGACACCAGGCACCCAGGCCCCUUUCCUCCUGCUGCUGCUACUCCUGGUGCUUACAGGCCAGAAGAACGUCACCUUAUCUCAGAGCAUCUCAAGCUCAGCUGCCCCUUCAGGAGGUGGUGUCAACCCCACUACAGCCACCCGGGCUUCUGCAUCAGAGUCAGCCACCUCUACAAGUCACACCAGCACCUCAGCCCCAGCCACCACGAGCUCUACAGAAGCAACCACCCCUACAGCCCACCAUGCUACCUUGGUCACAACCUCCAGCUCUACAGUAGGCUCAGCCACCCCUACAGUCCACUAUGACACCUCGGUCACAGCCAUCAACUCUACAGAAGCAACCGCCCCUACAGUCCACCAUGACACCUCGGUCACAGCCACCAACUCUACAGAAGCAACUGCUCCUUCAGUCCAUCAUGGCACCUCAGUCUCAGCCACCAGCUCUCCACCAGGCCCAGCCACCACUGCACCUCACAAUGGCUCCUCUGCUGUGGCUACUACAACCUCAGUUCACACAGAUGCUUCUUCCUCAUUUCCCAGCUCCCAGUCUCCUACUUCUACCACACUUGCCAGCCCCAGCAGCGGGACGAUUGCCGGUAGCACUAACCAUGACACAGUACCUCCCUCUACUUCCUCCAACAAUUCUCCUCAGCCAUCUGUUAUGGUCUCUUUCUUCUAUUUGUCUUUUAAGAUUUUGAACUUGCAGUUUAAUUCUUCUCUGGAAGAUCCCAGCACCCGUUACUAUCAAGAGCUGGAGAGGAACAUUUCUAAAUUGUUUUUGCAGAUUUAUCAGCAAGAUUUUCUGGGCCUCUUGGAUAUCAAGUUUAGACCAGGAUCUGUGGUAGUGGAAUCAACUUUGAUCUUCCGGAAGAAUACUGUUAACGAGGACGCCGUGCAGUUAGGACUCACUCAGCACACAGAUGAAGCAAAAAAUAUGUAUAAUCUGAGCAUCUCAGAUAUCAAUGCGCGUGAAAUACAGGCUCCUUCUUCCACUGCCCAGUCUGGGGUACCAGGCUGGGGCAUCGCCCUGCUUGUGCUGGUCUGUGUUCUGGUCCUGCUGGCCAUUGUCUAUUACAUUGCCCUGGCUGUGUGUCAGUGCCGCCAAAAGAGCUAUGGGCACCUGGACAUUUUUCCAACCCGGGACACCUACCACCCCAUGAGUGAAUAUCCCACCUACCACACCCAUGGGCGUUAUGUGCCCCCCGGAAGCACCAGACGCAACCCGUAUGAGGAGGUUUCUACAGGAAAUGGUGGUGGCAGCCUAUCUUACACGAACCCAGCAGUGGCAGCCACUUCUGCCAACUUGUAGGAGCUGGACACCACUUGGCAGCAGGCAGAAGUGCCAGUCUCAGGUUCUUCACUGCCAGAGCCCUUUCCAUUCGGAUCUGGGCUGGUGAUCCAGGAGCUCGGGGGGCUGCUCACAGCUUUCCCGAGAGGCUCUGCCAAGCCUUCUACCCAUCUGAGCCUGGUGAAGCCCAGCCCUGCCCUGGGGAAAAUUCCUGGGGCAGCGUGGCAGUGCUGUGUUGGCCCUUCCGGGAGGAUUGAUCUAGAAAGACUGAUGUGGGCCGGGGACAUAGCUCAGCAGCACAGCGCCUGCCUGGCAAGUGCAAGGCCCUGAUGCCAGGUCCCGAAUUUGAUUCCCAAAAAAAAAAAAAAAAAAAAAGCCUGGAGUGUGGGAACCGGAACAUGACCCAAUAAAAGGUGUCCUCCUGUG